CGACUGCCGGGGCAUUGCUCAUGGAUUACUACUUCCGUGCCGAGUGGAAUGCCCCCUCACAUUCAUUGUUUAUCUAACAUAUAUUAGACAUACAAUUAGAAGCUAAUGAAGAAGCCACCUUCACUUGAUCGUCAACUUAGCUAUCGAAUAUUCUCUCUUGACCCAAACUACUAAAUCUAGUUCUAAUCCACUUUCUACUAUUGACUCCCCAUAUAAUCUUUCAGCCAGCUAUAGACGCAAUGUCAAACGAAGACCUCGUCACAGUCACUUACCAAGAUCGGAUUGCGAUCAUCACAUUCAACAGGCCGGAGAAGCUCAAUGCUCUCAACCAAGACCUGUAUUACCUUCUCGGGGAACGUCUCCGGGAAAUCGACAAGCGCGAGGAUAUCUUCAUCACCAUUCUAACCGGCAAAGGACGAUUUUUCUCCGCCGGCGCAGAUGUUACCUCGACCCGGCCAUCCGGCGACCUGAGCAGCAGUGUCCGUCGCGAGCUCACGCGAUCCUUCGUCGUCAACAACCUCGACAUCACGAACACCGUGGCCCACCACUCCAAGAUCCUGGUCGCUGCUCUCAACGGCCCUGCAGUCGGUCUUUCCGCGGCCCUGGUCGCCAUGGCCGACUUCAUCUACGCCGCGCCGCACACCUUCCUGCUCACCCCGUUCUCGUCCCUUGGUCUUGUCGCUGAGGGUGGCUCUUCGCGCGCUCUGGUCGAGCGUCUUGGCAUCUCCAAGGCGAACGAGGCGCUCAUCAUGAGCAAGAAGAUCACCUGUGAGGAGCUUGUGGCGACUGGGUUCGUGAACAAGGUUAUCGAGGCGCCGUCGGGCAGGAAGGACGACUCGGAUGGUUUCCUGCAGAAGGUCCUCGAGGAGGUUGAGGAUCGUCUUGGUACUCACCUGAGCCAAUCUAGUCUCCUGGGGAUUAAGGAGUUGAUCCGCAGGCCGGAGCGGGAGAUUCUGGACCGCCAGAACUACCUUGAGGUAUUUGCUGGGUUGCAGAGGUUCCUGAAAGGUAUCCCACAGGAGGAGUUUAGGCGGUUGGCUUCGGGGGAGAAGAAACAUAAGCUGUAGUGGACUUGAUGUUUGUGGCUGAAUUGAGACGUUUGUCGGGUUCUGUAAAUACGGGUCAGGGAUACGUAGAUAUGCUUUUCUAGAUCAAGA